AGAACCAAAAUCCCAACACCAACUUCAGCUUCUGACUUUUUGGUGCACAAUGGCAAGUCCAAUUCAUCUCAAGGCGCAUCGAUUCCCUCCUCCUCCUCUUCUUCUUCUUCUCUCGCUUUUGGUCGUCGCCGCCGCCGCCCUCGAAUCGGAAGCAACUGCAAGCACGGCCAGCCAUCAGACAGAUGCCGCGGACACUACGGACACCGCUUUCUUCAUCUUCGGGGACUCCACCGUCGACACCGGCAACAACAACUACAUCAAAACCAUCCCCGAGAACCGCGCCGACUACAAGCCCUACGGCCAGGCCAGCUUCUUCGGCGGGCCGACUGGCCGGUUCUCCAACGGCCGCGUCAUCGUGGACUUCAUAGCGGAGUACGCGAAUUUGCCGGCGAUUCCUCCGUUCAUGCAGCCCUCGGCGGAUUACAGCCGCGGCGUUAACUUCGCUUCCGGCGGCGGAGGAGUUCUUCCGGAAACCAAUCAAGAACAGGCGAUUGAUCUUCCAACACAACUGAAGAAUUUCGACAAGGUGAGAGAGAAACUGUUCGAGAAAUUCGGCGAGAUGAGGGCGCAAGAAAUCGUGUCGGAAGCGGUUUAUUUCAUCAGCAUCGGAAGCAACGACUACAUGGGCGGCUACUUGGGAAACCCCGCGACGAGGCAGCUUCACCCGCCCGAAGAGUUCGUCGGCAUGGUCAUCGGCAACUUGACAAACGCGAUCCAGGAGCUAUACAAAAGGGGAGGGAGGAAAUUUGGGUUCCUAAGCUUGGGUCCGCUGGGUUGUUUGCCGGCGCUUAGAGCGGCAAACCCCAAUAGCAACGCCGGGGACGGCGGCUGCUUUGAGGACGCUUCGGGUCUUGCUCAGGCACACAACAAUGCCGUGAACGGCAUCCUCCUGAGCCUCCAACACAUCUUCAAAGGUUUCAAGUACUCCAACUCCAACUUCUUCGAGUGGCUUGCCCAACGGAUGAGCAACCCCUCUAAUUACGGUUUCAAGGACGGCGUGAAUGCUUGCUGCGGGUCCGGACCGUACAGCGGCGUCUUCACAUGCGGAGGCAAACAGGAGGCCGAGUACAAGCUGUGCGAGAACCCGGAGGAUCACGUCUGGUGGGACUCGUUCCACCCGACCGAGAAGAUCCACGAGCAGUUCGCCAAGGCGCUGUGGGACGGGCCGCCGUCGGCCGUGGGGCCUCACAACCUCCAGGACCUCUUCUUCGACAAGGACAAGGCCACCAUCGCGGACCUCGUCGACGGAACCGUGGAGCAAGACUUCAUGUACUGAAGAAAAGCUUCCAAAAUUUUCGGCGCCCUCAAAGGCUGUGUGUUUGAGCAUGCACAUGGAUCCUUUUAAUGAUUUGGCGGGCGUCACAGCAUAAUAACUGCAUCCCACUUGCUAAUUACAGUGGGAACAAGAUCAAUGUGACUCGAGAGGACUAGACCACAUACACUUUCAUGGUUGUCUUUCUUGAAAAUUUAUGUAAGAGAAUUCGAAAAUUUUCGCAUGAAUUAAUUAAUGGUAUCAGAGAUAGCAUUGUUUCCAUA